AUGGGGGCGUGGAGCGGGGCUUUCUUCGCUAUCGUCGCUCUUCUUCUGUCUGGGCAUGCGGCCGCGGGUUCAGUCGCCGGGCGUGGCGGCAGCCGCUCGCUCGGGCGUUCCUUCUUCUCCUCGUCCGCUUCCUUUUCCGUCCCUGCCCUCAGCUCCCUCGGUGAAAAAGACGGACUUCUUGGUUCCAGCGUGUUUCGGCUGCCGCCGCUACCUCCCUCAUCUGUGACCUCCCUCCUCUCUCCUUCCGCUCACGCCUCGCUGUCGUCUUUAAGCGGCUCCCAGCCGCCUUUGUCUUCUCUUCAUCGUCAGCGUUUCUCCGCUUCCACGCGGCCGUCCGCACACGCGAGGCGGCGCAGCACCCCGGGGUGCGUCGCGCCUUUUUCCUUCGUCCUCCCUCCCGCGCUCGCAUCGCGUGCGUAUGGGCUCCACUCUUCUUCGUUGCGCUGCCGUGUGUCUCGCCGCACUUUCCUCUAUCUGAGGAGGCCUUUUCCGAAACACGACCUUACGGUGACUUCUCUGCGUUUCUCACGCUUCGGGGAGAAGCCAGGCACGCACCACGGACAUCUGCUUGGCGCCGUUGCGUCUGGCGCGCCUUGUCGAGCGACAGGAGGCGUUUUCGCGGCGGUCCCUUCCCUGCGCCCUCACUCGGCGGCCUGGCAGUCCAGUGCGCGGAUUUCGUCUUCACCCGCUCCCCCCUCUACUCCUGUCCAGCCGCCAGGCUCGUCCCCGAGGCUAGACAGGUGGUCUCCAGGGCCUUUCGCAGCGGCGCCUCCUGUGCCUGCCACUGCUGAAGAGACUCCUCCGCCCCCGCCGCCAUGCCCGCUGACGUUUGCGGGGCUACCGCUGCCGCCGUAUCUGUCAGCGGCGCUGGCGAGUCGGGACGUGCAGGUGCCCACAGGCAUCCAGCGGGCAGCGCUUCCCGUCGGCGCCUCUGGCGCCGAUCUGCUAGUUCACUCAGAGACAGGCAGCGGAAAGACGUUCGCGUAUCUGCUUUCUCUGCUUCACUGGCACCACCACGCAAACGCGGAGGGCGCCGCGGCGCCCGCUGCCUCUGAGGCGGUGUCGCUGCUCUACACGCCUCUCGACGCGGAGCCGCGGGGGGAAGGCGCGGAGGGCAGCAGGCACCGCAAGAAACCGAGUGGGCGCGCGCUGACACGGCGGAAAACCGACUUGAGCAGUAAAAAGGCAGCGACAGGAGGGCGCGAAGAAGCAGAAGAGGCGCAGUCGGCUGCAGAGAGCUACCUCUCCCAUGCAGCGUGUCUGGACGCUCCCGAGGUCGCCAACGCCGUCGCGCGAGCCUCUGCUUGCUCGCUCAUCGUCACACCGACGCGGGAGUUGGCUGUGCAGGUCGCGCACGAAGUCCACAGUCUCCUUCGAACCAACUUCUGUCUGACCAGCAGGGAAUCGGAAGCAGGGCGUGCCUCGCCGCUGCAGCGAGCUGCCGACGCGUACGCGGCAGCCAGGCGAGAGCUUGAGGCCGCUGAACACGCGGCCAGCGAGCUGAAGACGGCGGCGGCUGCGACGUCUCAAGAGGGAGGAAAGGGCGCGCCAGCGCUCCUGGCUCGCGCUCAUCAGGCGCAAACUGAAGCUGCCCGCGCUCAGGACCGUCUCGUGAAGGCCCGCCUGGCUUUGGCUCACGCCAGAGGCGAGGGGAAGCGCCCGCGCCUCCUCCUCGUUUUGAGCGAGCCUCUGAGGACUGCAGAGGGAACAGCUGGCAACGCCCAGGCACCUCGCGUAGGCGCGGAGGCUGACCCUCGAGACAGCGAUAACGCAGGCGACGACGGCGACCGAUGCCGUGAAGAGAAGGCCAGAGCGAGAGGCGGAGGCCAGGGCGCGCGCCCUGAGGGCGAGGGAGAGGCGUCGAAAGCAGUCAGCCGCGCGACAGAGCCGCCUCUCUUUGAAACAGAGGUCAAGCAGCUUCCAGCGUGGGCGCGCGACAAGAUCGGCUCGUCUCUCAUCGUCGUCGGCGCCGCUCAAACGCUUCGUCACCUUCUGCAGAGACUGGGGGCCGUCCAGCCGCAGACACUCGAGACGUUUCUGAAGCGCGUCAAGCACGUCGUCUUCGAUGAAGCGGAUCGUCUUCUCCAGCCUCUCACUCGAUAUGCGCCGCUGAAGAAGAGGACUUUGCGAGCCUCACGUCCGCGCCCGGCGUCUCUCCUUUUUUCUUCGCUUCUCGUUGCGAAGAAACGGUUCUUCCAGAAGCGGCGGAAAGCUGCGACGAGACCUGGCGCUUCUCUCCUUCUCUCUGCACCAGCCUGCCUCCUUCCGCAAGCGGCUGCACCAGGCGCGAGCAAGCGGAAGAAAAAACGCGAAAGCUCUCCGUCGCCGCUCGAGUUCCUUCACCGCGUCUUCCGCCUGCCGCCAGGCACGCUGUCGCCUUCGCCUCAUCCGUCAUCAAUGGAUUUCCAAAUCAUCGGCGCAAGCGCGACUGUGGGUCGGCCGCUGAGGCGGCAGCUCGCCGAUAUGCUCAAUCUGCGCGAGGCCCUGCGACUGUCUUCUUCUCGCAGUUCCUGCGGGGCUGCAGAAGAGGCGGAGACGAGUGAAGGAGACCAGAAAUCCGUAUCGCAGGACGAGAGGGAGGAAAUGGAACGCGUCAUCCAAGACCUGCAGUCUCGGGGACUCCUCACUCUGCAGCGCGACACAAAAGACGAGAGAGGAGAAGGCGAAUGGCUCGCAGCGAAAUCGGGAGCCCCUGAGAAUGGAAAGGGCACACGCCUCAUGAGAGUCGUCCGACCUCUCCGAGAAUCUGCCGCCGCCGCCUCUCCGCACGAGCAGGGGUGGCCCCUCGUAGGGCUGCCGGCGUCCCUGGAGCACUUUCUUCACCCGUCGCCCAGGGGAUUUCUGGCCACGCUCGCCUACGAGACUUCCCUGCUGCUGCAUGCGCUGCAGCCCCGCCGGGCUCUGAUUUUGCUCGCGCACCGGCACUCGGUUGUCUCCUUUCUUCUGCAUCUUCGGCGUCUCGGGAUAGAACACACGCAGCUUCUGCAUGAGGCCUUUGGUUUUCUCUCUCCCCGUCUCACGCAUCGCCUGCAGUCAGCGAACGAGAAGAUGCCCUCUUUGCCCUCUUCCCCGUCCGCAGUGGCCUCAUCUUCUCGUCUUCACUUUCACUUCUCCAGAAGGCAAAGCCUCGCCCAGGCCCCGCGGGAGAGUCCGCUGUCUGCCUCGGGCGCCGCUGCGCAUUCGGUUGCGGAGGAGACUGGCUCGCUGCGGUCGCCUGGCGCCUUCUCUAUCGCCGAGGAACGGGCCGAAGAGGAUGAAAGAGAGUUGGAGAGGGGCGACACGGCUUUGCGUCAAGUGCGGGAUGUGGGACACGCUGCCGAUGCAACAAGGCCGCGCACGCUGUUACUCACGUCGAUGACCACAGCACGCGGACUUCAUUUUGACGAUCUCGACUACGUCUUUCUCGUAGGAGAGAUCGAGAACGCGAGGGAGUACCAGCAUCUCGCAGGUCGAGCGGGAAGGCAGGGACGGCGCGGCACUGUUGUUUCAAUCAGUGACGCUGCGGCUCAAAAAUCCAUUUCCUCCUGGGCCAACAUGCUUGGCGUGAAGUUCCAGGACUCACGGCAGCUGCUGGUCCGGCUGCAAGAAGGUAUGCCAACCUCUGAUUACCUACGGGACUUGCGGAAUUUGUCGUCUUCGGAACCAGAAGAAAAAGACUUCGCAACGAGGAAACAGCACGAUUCAGAGAACGACGAACAAUGCCGCGGAGGCAAAGACUGCGGACAGGUAGCAGCCCGCGGCGAGGCAGGGGGGCUGAACGACGUGCAAGACGAGUCCGCCCACGAGGGAAGCGAGCACGAGGACAGAGCGAAAGGCCAGCUAGCGAUGGAGGGCUGCUUAGAAGGAGGGGAAAUGAGGCGAACCGCCCCUCGUGAGGAACGGGAAAGAAACGCCACCGGGGUCAGCGAGGCAGACACCAAUGAAGGCGGGCGAACAGAAAGCGGCGGCGGCAGUGACGCCGUAGGGCAUGUCGAAACCCCCCUGCCUUCCAGUCCCAUUAAGACAUCGGAGUUCGGGAAACCUCCUGGUUCGCCGGAAACCUUGCUAGAGAUGGUUUCUAAAUUGUCUUUUCCGUCCUUUUCGUCUCUAGUGUCUCAGUUGUGA